AUGUCGGGUAGACUGCUAAAUUUUGUGGGAACCUUUAGUUAUGGCUCCAAAGCAGAGUGGUGUGGCUCCAACCCAUCUCUAGCAACACUUGUGAACACAAACCCCUGUACAGCUAUUCAGCUCUUCCUCACAACCCCAGUGCUGGAGCAGGAUCCCUCUAAUUCUCAGGUAGCUGCUGUGGCUGGAGGUGUGAUAGGAGGAAUCCUUUUACUGAUCCUUAUUGGAAUAGUUGUGUACCUGCUUUGGAAGAAAAUGUGCCUCCUACCUUCCUAUGAGGAACUCACCAAUUCAGUCACACCAACACAUCCAGAUGCUGCCAGUCUGCAAGAUCAGACUUUAGUCCAGCCAUCUUCUAUAAUUCAACCAAAAAUCAUAAGAACUAGAAGCGUUCCGUUCAUCAUCCCACCAAAACUGCAUGGGCGAGAUUGGAUUAAGCUGACCAAUGGAGAGCUGGUUCAGGAGGACAGUGACCCCUACAUGACUCCUGAGUGCGGGCCCCGGUGUUCUUUUCACUCCUUGGCUGGAGCUUAUAUUGUAGGGUCUAUCAACCCCGAGCUGUACAAGUUCCCUGAAGAUCAGAGCGAGACAGACUUCCCUGAGUGCAACAUGGGCCGUCUCUGGUUCUCAGUGGAAUAUGAGCAAGAGGCUGAAAGGCUUCUCGUCUCCUUGAUAAAAGCUAGAAAACUGCAGCCUCCUACAGAGUCCUGCAGUACCUUUGUGAAAAUUUAUCUGCUGCCUGAUGAGAGGUGUUACCUCCAGUCAAAAACUAAACGCAAAACCCUCAACCCGCAGUUUGAUGAAAGUUUUAUUUUCCAGGUUUCUAGUAAGACAGUGUAUCAACGGACUCUGAAGUUCUUGGUCUACUAUGUUGAUAAACAGAAAAAGCACCAGCUCCUAGGCCAAGUGAUUUUUCCUUUGAAAAAUGAGACAUUAACUGGUGACAACAAGCUAGUAAUUUGGAGAGAUUUGGAAGCAGAAAACCUGGAGCCUCCUUCAGAGUACGGUGAUAUCCAGUUUUCUCUCAGCUACAAUGACUACCUGGGUCGCCUCACUGUAGUGGUGCUGAGAGCGAAGGGAUUAAAAUUCCAGGAUGAGAGGCAUGCUGCUAGUGUGUAUAUCAAAGUGUCCCUAAUGAACCACAAUAAAUUCAUUAAAUGUAAAAAGACAGCAGCUGUUGUGGGAUCUCCCAAUCCAGUCUAUAAUGAAACCUUCAGCUUCAAGGCAGACCAGACGGAGUUGGAUACAGCAAGUGUGAGCCUGUCUGUGCUCCAGCGUGCUGAGGGAGAGAAAUCCCACCUGCUGGGCCGUGUCGUGGUUGGCCCCUUCAUGUACACGAGGGGCAAGGAGCUGGAGCACUGGAACGAAAUGAUCAGCAAGCCCAAGGAGCUGGUCAAACGAUGGCAUGCUCUCUGCCGCAACACCUAACGGAGCAGACACUCCCGCUGAGCAGCACCGGAGAGACACAGGACUCCUUCAAAAUGGAGGAGCUCUCAUUGUUUCUGGAUCCAAAGAAAUGUCCACAAAGCUUUUCCACCACUGACCCGUGUAACCAGCCAGUGAACCUGUAACCACACUUACCCUCCAGAAAACUCAGUUUCUCCUAUGCUGACAGUCUUCCCUCUCCCUCCAAAAGAUUUGCCCUUCUUUGGUCAGACAUACAAAGCAGGAAGAGAAACAGGAGCAUGCUAACCUGGUGACCAGUUACGUGAGCUGCUGACCUUGGUUUGUGGUAGUUUACUCAUCUGGACUGAACCCAAAACAAGCUACAAAUUGUCCAUAAGGCUAUGGAGCUUGAUCCACCAUUCCACUGCUUCAGUUCUAGACCAGUGCAGGUCUAUUGGAAUUUUUAAUGGAGUGUCACAGGUAUAGAACUGGAGUCAAUUAGGCCCAAAAUGUGUCAGCCAAAUACAUUUUAUCCCGGACAAAUGGUUUAUAUUUCAAAUCCAUUGAAAAUGUAAUAUGAAUCUGGCUUAUAAUCACCCAGCAGCCAUAAAUUUAUUUCUGGUGAAUCUCCAAAUGAUGCUAUAUUUCUCUCAGCAGUUUAGUUGGAGGUCUGCAGUUGACUCCAAAAUAUAACCUCUUCUGGUGACUUUGAAGACAAGGUAAAAGUAUUGAAAACACUGGCCAAAAUUCUAACUGUAUUACAGACUUGUUGUUAACUUGAACUCUGGCAAAAUGAAAUUGUUGUGGUGGUGAUUCCUUCAUCACAAAGAUCUGAUUAUGUUUGAAGCAGAACAGAGGGGAAAGUAAGCGGGUGCACCCUGGUGUGCAGUACCCAUAAGAAAUUGUAAGCUACUUUCACCGCUGAAUCAGAAUGAAAGCAAUAGGACAUGUGUCACUUCUUGAUGGCUCACCUAGGAUUUAAACACAGGACUUCUAUAGUCUAUCCUAAAAUCAUAAACCAGACCAGCAUGCUGUCUUUUAAUGCAGCAUGUGGUACAGUAUGCUUCAAUCAGCAUUGUAAUCUUUGCAACUGAGAGAAAACAGGCUUCCUUUCAAACAGGAUACAGUGUAAUUAAUAUAUCAAAAUAGAGCUUUCUUGAGAACCAGAGCACUUUUCCUUUGGAAAACCCUGCUACUUUCUGCGUAAAUUGGAGUAUGUCUGAAAUAGGCAGUAGUAAAGUAGGUUAAAAUCUGCCUGACCUCCAAGUGGAAUAUUUUGGGGAUUCCUCAUGUCACAGUUUGUUAGGAAUAGCCAAUUGUGUACAAGAGAGGUCCAGUAUUAGAGAAUCAGUGAUGAGACAUAUUGGUCUUAUGUGAAGAAACUUGUAAAAUACCUGACCAUGUUAUGUCGUCUGCCUUGAAUCAGUACUUCUGAGUCCUCGAAACUUUGCAUAAAUCUGUUUUCCUGAUUGUAUUCCUCCAAAAAUGCUUUAAAACAGCCUAAUAUGCAGCAAAUAUAAUUUGAUGAGGAAAAUAAUAUAUGAACAUGUGCUAACUAUUUUGUUACAAUAAAAUUGUAAUGGACACUAAAAUCGACUCUGUGUGCAUUCCCAUUUAAGUUAAUAAAAACUGUUUUGUUUGUACAUGAAGGUGAACAAAUAAUGUAUUUCAGUUAGGUUUUAGUAGAUGAUAUGAGUGUUUAUGUAGUGUAAAUUUGUCAAGUACUAUAUCUGUUAAAGUAAGUGCUGCUAGGCUAAGAAAUAAAAUUUUUGUUUCUUUGCUUGCACUUUCCAGGUUGACAGCACAUCUGUCUGUCUUGCUGCACAGUAUCUUGUAUGUAAUAAAAAAUACA